GAUGGAGCUAUUUCCGGGAUACAACGAAAAUCUCACUAACUUUAAUGAUAUAAAUCCCAUUAUUGAAAUUGACAACAGAUCACAAAAUGUCACACCAAGAAACGUUUUCAAAGGACAACGGCAAUUUAGAAAUGUAACAUCGAGACCGAGACCGUUAAAUGUCGGGAAUUGUUACAGUUGUCAUAAUGUUUGUGUAUUUAAGGCUAUUGAAAUCGUUUUUGUGAUCGGCAUAAUUGCUAAUAUUUGGGUCAUAAUUUUGGUCUUAAAAGAUAAAAACUUACGAAAGCCAACAUAUGUAUCAGUUGCGUGCCUUGCGUUAUGUGAUGCAAUAUUUUUUACCACAAAUCUAAUAAGUGCUGUUGAAACCGUAGUGCGGUCGUUGAACUGUUCCUUUCCGUUAUCUUAUAAAGGACAAGUUGUUGCUACAAUUAAUGGGAUUUGUUGGUUUGCGGCCAAUGCGCAUGUCAGUGUUAUUGCGCUUGUGCGAUAUAUGUUACUUCUGUACCCUUUGAAAUCUCAGCUAUACCUUACAAACAGAAGAGUAACGUUGUUGUCUGCAUGUGUAUGGGUUCUUGGAAUUGCAAUAUGGAUGACAAUUUAUGGCCUGCAAGAAAGCAAUGUUUUAUCAGCCUCAAAAUCUGUGAUAUUUAUAAAUGUGAUAUGGGGAAUAGUGUACUUUACAUCACUUUUGGUCACAAGUUUUCUUCAUUUUAAAAAAUGGCGACAUAUUCGUCAAGCGUCCCGUCAGAAUUUAGCCGGAAAUGGAAAUAUUCGAACAGCUGUAAUGCGUAUGACCAAAGUUAUACUUCUAGUUAUAAUACUGGCGGCAGUGUUACCUUUACCAAGAUAUGUGAUUAAUUGCCUGAAGAGGGAAAAUGUUUCAUUUCCAUCGGAAACGAGUGAAAUGUAUUUACGAAAUAUUGCUUUUCUUUUAUUUCUGCUAAAUCAUACUAUCAAUCCAUUCUUGUAUGCUUUUAUUUCGACGCCGUUAAAGAAAAGCUUGAAAAUAUUUUUUGUCAAACAAUGAUUGCAUGCCUUGAGUCAGACAAAAGUAGCUAAAGAUUUAACUGACACACGAACAAGGUCCGCUCAUGAACAAAGCAACACGAGGUUAUAGCCUAAAUGAUUCUAUAAUUUCAAGCUAAUAAUAAUAAUAAAAAAAUAAAUUAAUUUCUUUAGUUUUCAUUGUAUACAUUUAUACGUCACGACAGUAGCUGAUGAGAUCUAAGCCGUUCCAACCAGUUGCGUAGCUUCUAUAAGGCACUGCAGGCCCGGGCCUGCAGAUUAUCCGAGAAAGUGAAAAAAUAAAAAUGCCAAAUAUGCAAUAAAAAUCGAAGGGUAAGGGGGUUAGGCUGUAGGAGGUAAUGAAUCAGUCACUAACGGGAGCGUACCUGGAUGGUUUUGAACUGUACGCUAGAUAUGAGCAGCAUAGUUACGAACGAAGCAGCGAUGCUGCGAGUAUGAUGUAGGUGAGGGAGGGGGUCUCCAUCUCCCAGAAAAUUGAGAUUUAGUGAAUGUUUUAGGCAAGAGAUGCGUUCUCUUGCUAUAUUCCAGCGUUAAUCUAGUCACAUUUGUACUACAUAUUACGGAGGUAAUCAUUUAAAAUCAAAGAUUAGCACACCGCUCAUGCUUAAUGGCAGGGAUCGUGACAUUGUCUAAAAACAAAAACUGCAACUCGAGCAGCCCAGGAUAUUUUGAGGAAUACAACCAUUUUUCGUAUACUUUAUUUACAAUGAAGAGUUCUAAUUAACUUGACCAUGAA